UAUGACGGCUGUUUGAACUUUCUUGACCAUCUUACCAGUUGAUUUUUUCAGAAUCAGUCCUUCAUCUUUCUUUAAUUCCUGAAUUUACUUAUAUAUAGAAUACUGAUACAUUCUUCUCCACAUACAAAUAAAAAAUCAGAACAAAAAUGGCACAAGCGAUUAAAGUUGUAGCUCUUAGCGGCUCACUCCGAAAAUCUUCCUUCAACACAGGCCUCAUUCGUUCCGCAAUUAAGCUUUGUAAGGAGUCUGUGAAUGGUAUCCAAAUUGAACACGCAGACAUCUCUGAGCUACCGAUGCUAAACACCGAUCUUAUUGUCGACGGAGCUUAUCCGCCGGCUGUUGAAUCUUUUCGCCGAGCAGUUCUGAUGGCUGAUUGUUUCCUUUUUGCUUCUCCUGAGAAUAAUUACUCCAUUGCAGUUCCUUUGAAGAAUGCAAUCGACUGGGCCUCUUUGGCACCUAAUUGUUGGGGUGAUAAGGCAGCUGCCAUCAUCAGUGCUGGAGGAGGAUUUGGCGGUGGAAGAUCGCAGUACCAUCUUCGCCAAGUCGGAGUUUUUGUGGACCUACAUUUCAUCAACAGACCUGAAUUUUUCUUGAAUGCAUUCCAAUCUCCGGCAAAGUUUGACAGUGAUGGUAACUUGAUUGAUGCUGAGGCCGAAGAGAAAUUGAAAACAAUACUCGUUGCUCUUCGUGACUUCACCUUGCGGCUUAAAAACUAGCGAAUCAACAGUUAAUAGUAUUAGUUUUUGAAGAGUGUUGUGACAUUUUAGUUAAAAUGUUUUGUGCAGUUUUUCUUAUGGAAAUAGCGCAAUGAUAUAAUAAAACUUUAAUUUUUUCGUAACUUUAAUUUAUCAAUCAUAAUAAAAGAAAUGAUUUUAUCAGUUUUAAAUUUAA